AUGUCGCAGGAACAGUCCCUCCACCACCCACACUCUACCUCCUCCAAAACUGGCACCCUCUACUUCGCCUAUGGCUCCAACCUCUCGGCAUACCAAAUGUCACUUCGCCUGCAGCACUCACCUUCCUCCAGCGAACCCGUGGCCAUCGCCCGUCUGGACUCUCACGGAUGGAUAAUCUGCGAACGUGGAUAUGCCAAUGUCGUUGCGCUCCCCGAAUCAAACUCCGCUGCCGACCACAACACCGUGUGGGGCGUCCUGUACAAUAUGCAUCCUGUGGACGAGGCCCGGUUGGAUAUGUACGAGGGCCACAACGAGGCAAGGAACCCUACACCCGAAGUCAACCAGGAUCCAGAGACGCAGAUGGUGAAGCGGUAUUUGCAAGGCGGGUGGGAUUAUAACAAGCAUUAUUUGCCCGUCACGGUAACGAGAUGGUUGAAGGAUCCAGGAGAGUACGGCAUCAGUGCAUCCAACCCGUCCUCUCACAUUAUAAAUGGCGCCUAUGGGCCAACAGGAUCACACAACACCACAAUCCGUGCCUUGGUCUACGUCGACGAGUUCCGCACCACGCCUGGGGAAAUUGUGCAAGAGUACAUCGGGAGGAUGAACAGGGGAAUCGAGGAGUCGGUGAAGCUCGGCGUUCCGCACAGUUGGGUGAAUAACAUAAUGAGGAAAUUCAUCCCGGAGGGGAUCUAUGUUGAUGAGGAAGGGUACGUGGGUACAGACGAAGGAUACGUCGAGGCAGAGGCCACGGAGGCUGACGACCGUUUGAAGGAGAACAUGCUGAAGCACCUGAACUAG